AGAAACCAGUAAUAUUAAAGAAGAAAAUGAAUGGGAAAAAAGCCAAACACUACAUUGGAACGGAUCUUGGCUAAAAUGCUCCCUACGUUGCUUUUCCGGUUUUUCUUCAGCAACAGUAAUGAAUAUUAUCAAGUGAAGUAUUUCCUUGGAGCAAUUGUUGGAUUGUGCAUCGGAAGCGCACUUUACUUUUUGCUGGUUUAUCCAUUAACCACCUUGAAUGACCAGAUCAAAGUCUGCAUAUUUAUUGUUAAUAAUGCUAUAUUUUCCUUCGGAUGGGCAAUGUCCACUAAUUUCCGCUGCUCGACAUUGAUGAUACUCCUGCUUAUCCUGUGCGAAAGUACAGGUGCCCUAACAACUACAGUUGCUAUCAAAGCAAUCACUGAUGGCCCUGUUCCUAAUAUGAUGAAAAAUAUAGAACUACUUGUAAUGAGCUUUGAGUGUACAGGAGAGAUGACCCUUAACCACACAAAGAUGAUGUACACAUCAAUGAUGGAACCUAUAAAGAGGAUAUUUGGUCAAUUGACGAAAAGGUCAUCGAAUUUAACAAAGGACACCAAAGAAAUAACUGAUGAUUUCCGUGAGGUAGAAGAAGAAGUUGAAAGCACUGAGGGAUACGACAAUGUGAGAGAGAAAGAACUGAUAAGGGAAGAAAUCGAGAGAAACAAAACGUUACUAAUGAAUACUCAGAAGAAAUUUAGCAUGAAGACUUUCCUGCGCUGUGAACAUCUCUUUGAAAUGGGCAUAGGGAAGUGCCAUGAAUGGUUUGAUCAGAAAUAUGAUGAAUGCAUGGAGACAAUAUGGUUACCUGUUCUCAAUCAUGCAUUGUGCUGGCCAAUGAAAUUGAAAUUUGUCUGCGGCGCUUUAAAUUGGUUCCUGCCAUUGUGCAAGAAGCACAUCCGCAUCGACCCUUUGUUUGGAGAACUCUAUGAUAAUAUCAGUGGGGCCAUUGACACAUUCAAGCAAAAUGUCACUAUAGAUGUUCAAAUUACGGUCAGAAACAAAACCAUAUUUGAUACGACACUGAAGAAAGUCAAACAAAAUGUGUCCGAAACCGUUGAAGAGAGCGAAUCAGUUUCACAGAAAGCUAUGAAGGCUAUAAAAAUAGUUUUGUCUCUACUCUUCCUCCAAUACAUCAGUUCAGCUUUUGGCUAUGUUGAGAAUUACAAUUCAAACCUUCGCCACGACAAUGUGUACAUAACAACGUACUUCAAACAAAUCGACGCUCGUAGGAGGAAGCAGGGAAAGAGGCACCUGCUACCGCUGAAAAAAGGGGAACGUGCAGAUUUAAUUUACCCAAUAAACUUUGCCCUCCAUGGACCAGAGGUGAAAGCAUUGACAAGCGCUAUGAUAGGGUGCAUUCCGCUGAUUGUUAUUUGCCUGCUUUUACUUGGACUGGAUUUGGGUGUCCAAAAUAUCAUGGACAUUACUAUCAAGCAUUCCAAUAUUAGCUACAACUUUGGCUUUAAACACAAUCUAGAAGUGAUUGUUGGUGGCACCGGAUUCCUGGCAAGAUUUCUCCGGAACACAAUUGGAAAUAUCAAUACGUCCUCUAAUGCGCUUCAUGUGACCAAUAAUACUGUUUGUCUGGCGCAACCGAUUCAUCUGACGUCCCAGCAAUAUAUCGGCACUUGUUUACUACUGACCAUCACGCUGAUCCUUCCUUUUGUCCAGAUAUACAUGAGCCGACUGUGCAGAGUCCUGGCUGCUUACUUUUACCCUAAGACGGAGAAAAGGCGAAUUCUCCAUCUCUAUAAUGAGCUACUGAGGUACAGGGACCUGUAUUUAAAUAUAAAGAGGAAGAACUUAAUGAUCACUGCCAACCGCCACAGAAACUUUAUGAUGUCUAUACCUGGUAUGCUAUUCCGACAAAUGAAAUGGCUGAGAGUCAUUAUAAAGCGACGCUGUUUGGUUUGUAAUGCCAAAGAAACCAAGACUUCCUAUAUUUGCAAGACAUCAAACUGUGACACAGCCUACUGCCUCGACUGCUGGAAGGAGAUAAAGAAAUGCUGCUUUGUUUGCUUACCAGAUGAUUUAAUUGAAAAUUACUUCUGUGAAGAAUAAUACUACAGUGAUGGCGGCCCCUCCCCCUUUUUAAAAAAAUGUUUUGUAUAAUAUACUUUUUUUAAUAUAUUUUGUAAAAUAUAUUAAACAUAUAUUUUAUAUAAUCAGUAUUUAAUAAACUUUAAUAAACUUUUAUAAAUAUGUGUCCAUUGUAUUACCCAGUCACAGAGCCUCUCACAUCUGCUGAUAGCUGCAGUCAUUUUGUUUCUGGCUGCAACACAACAAACAGGGUGCCCCCCCUCCAGAUUCAGCCAUUCUGCUCGCCAUCUUUGUAGCCAUUCUAAGGAACUUGACUGGCACUGACUUGUGGGCAGGGUCGCCAUCAGGGGGGGAUGGGGGAGAGUUGUAGGGGGCCCCGAGGGUAAGUGGGGCCCGGCCACGCCACACUUACUUGAUUAGCU